ACCCCGCCAUUUUCUGUGGGGGCAGGCGGGAAAGGCGGGAAGUCGGCGAGGAGGCAGCGCGAGCGCGGCCGCGACACGACCCACGGCCGUAGAAGCGCGAGGCGGACGAGCUCAGCAGACAUCUUGCAUCCUAAGAAACUUCCAGAAUGGCCCGUACCAAGCAGACUGCUCGUAAAUCCACUGGUGGGAAGGCGCCACGAAAACAGCUGGCCACAAAGGCCGCUCGAAAAAGUGCACCGUCAACUGGUGGAGUGAAAAAACCUCACCGUUACAGGCCUGGCACGGUGGCCCUGCGAGAAAUCCGGCGGUAUCAAAAAUCCACAGAGUUGCUGAUCCGCAAGCUGCCCUUCCAGCGCCUGGUCCGUGAAAUUGCUCAGGAUUUCAAGACAGACCUGCGGUUCCAGAGUGCCGCCAUCGGGGCUUUGCAGGAAGCCAGCGAGGCGUACCUCGUGGGUCUGUUUGAGGAUACCAACUUGUGUGCCAUCCAUGCCAAGCGGGUCACUAUCAUGCCAAAAGACAUACAACUGGCCCGUCGCAUCCGUGGUGAACGAGCUUAAGAUCCAAUCCCCUUCCCACCCUUAAACCCCCCUUUCUUGGCAGCCCCACCCUGUUUGUGUAUUAAAAUACACUCCAGGUUUUCCUUCCUUCUUUCUCUCUCUCUCCUACUCCUACUCCUACUCCUACUCCUGUUUGUAGUCGCUAGGACAUGUGAGGAAACGUUAGAUAAUCUAUCAUAGUAGCUCUCCAAGAUCAGGAGACCCGAUUGCUAUUCAUCAUGUACAAGCAAAAAAACAAAACAAAAAAAAAACACAGAAAGAACAAAACCUUUGAAAUCUGCAAGACUUCUGGAUAAUGUUGUUUUUUUUUUGUAAAACUUUUUUUUUCUCCUCCAGAAUUGCAAAAAAAAAAAAAAAAAAAAUCCAAACCCAACAAAGGACAUUUUUGAAAUAAUCCGGUUUUAUAUACAGAACUUAAAUAUAGUUGUAGUCAUUUCAGCAAUGGAGUUUUGGGUCUUUUGAGUUUGUAAAGUGUUUGCACAAACACUGCACACUUCUGUUUACUGUGUGGGGUUUUUUUUUCUUCUCUUUUCUUUGUAUUUAGGCAAGGAGUGCUUUCUUUAAUUUCCUGUUUUCCAUUUGUGUUGUGUCUGUGACUCUUAACCUUUGUAUCAAUAGGGAACCACCUUGAGGCAGUAAGGAAACAAAUAAAUGUUAAACGAAAACAAGCAGACUUCU